AUGGCAGAAGACACGGUCAUACAUAAUCAUGGUCACCCGGGUGACCACCGAGAGCGACCACGAAAGCGACAGCGAGUGUCUUCAAUCCCAAAAUCACCACAAACUAGUGAAAUUCCACAGCAGUGGGAUUUACAAGCUGCCCGCGCCCAGAAUGACUUGCGUCUCAAGUCAAUCUUUGAGGGAAUCUUUGAGAAAUACGGCAAUGACUUUUCGGACGUGGGCGACGAGAUUGAUCUGGAAACUGGCGAGAUUGUCGUUAACAGAGGCCACUUGAAGAGCAUGCUCGAGGAGACCGACGUUGGAAAGAGGCUAGACCCCUGGGCAGAAGACCCAUUCGGUUCCGACGACGAUGAUAGUGUUCGUGACGAAGAGCCUUCUUCAUUGGGACAUCAUAAAGAUGAGGUCCCUGAAGCCGAAUCGCUCGAUGUUUGCCCGGUCGGGGACACGACCAGUUCACUACGCAACUCGGUGAAGCCACUCUCGAACCGGGGCCAUGAACGAAUAGCCUCCAGCCCCCCAAGACCGGGAGACAAAGCUUCAACAGACUGGCAGUCACCGGGGCCACUGGCUGACCUGGUUGAUCCUCUUUGGCAGGCCCCUGAGCUGCCACCGCUGUUCGCAACUCCUAGUGCGAACAGGCAGCCCGUUGCUGCAUCGCCUCAGCUUCCGACGAUUCUCCGUGAGCCCUCUCCACCGGGCUCCGGGUCGCUUUGGACCGUUCCGCGAAGACGCCUCCCACGAUCUGAACAGAAGCCUCGAAGCACGGCAGCUUCCUCACCAAGCAAAAGCCGGCCCUAUGCGAAACGCAAGUAUCAGUCUAGCCCGGCGACGCGGGACUGGUCCUUUGCGGAAGUCAGCGCAGGCGAUGAAUCGGACGAUCCACUACAGGAACAAUGGCCAUCGUCGCCAUUGCCUAAUCCAUCUCAGACCACAACAGCCGGCAGACAAGAGACUCGGAGCUCUGCCUCUACCACCCGAAUUAGGAAGGCAGCCCUUACAGGCCCCGAUGGAAGUCGACCGGUCGAUUCCCGCCGCCAAUCGUCAUCACGAGCCAAUCAGUCCGUGCAAAAGACAUCGGCCACGGAUCGUGACUAUCACGAUCGCGACCAGCACCACUCGGAAUCAAUGCCACCAUCACGCAACACUCCAGCUGUGGAUAUUGGUUUCUCAAAACACAAUUUAAUCUCAUCUGCAUCUCCUAGUCCUGCGGGUGCUGCACAGGGGUGGCCAAGCUCAUCGCCAAUCAAAGCCAGCGUCAAAUUUACGCCCGAUGAGGCCAAACUGAUCGUUCGCAUGCGCUAUGUGCAAGAACAGACUUGGCAAGACAUAGCAGCAGCGUUACCGGGCCAUACAUUAUCAGAAAUUUAUCAGUGGAAUCAGAUUCAUUGGAGCGAUCGUCGCCCAUUUUCUGAUGAGUCUCCAUGGUCCUGGUCUUUGGCUGAAGCGGAUACUUUGAACACACUAGCACGAGAAAGUGGGCUUUCAUGGGGAGCUAUCAUGAUUGAGCUGCCCAAUCGCUCUCAGUCCGAUAUUGAAUCUGAGUUGUUCCGGCGUUGGGUUGGUGAUGAAAUUUGGCUCUCCAAACAAGAAAGUGGCGAAAGCACGGUCCCAUUCCAACUCUCUUCCUCAGUAUCUGUGCGCUAUGAAACAGAGAGCAAGACGGUGAGGAUUGAAAUAGGUGAUAGUGAUGACGAGGAGUCACAAAGUCCAUCGAUUGUGAGCGAGAGAGGCUUGUCCGACCGUGACAUUCCCACGACACCUAGAGUAAAAGCAUCGUCUCGGCCUUCUUCGCCCUCUCUGGUGGAAAGUCACCGGCGCCAGUUUGAAGAUUUUUUGGAUAAGGAUGACGACGUCGUGAAUGACAUUGAUGACGUGAUGCUACUCAGCGGUGCAUCUUCUCCGUCCAAGUUAUCCUCCAUAUUUUUGGACAGUCCUGCGCCAACUCGAAGUCUUUCACGAUCCCCUCGGAAAUCACCAACCAAGUUCCGCGGUUUUUUAUGA